AGAAAGUCCAAGUUUCAAGCGGUGUCUCGGGACUGUGAGCCAUGGUAUCUCAACGUUGGUCGGCGGGCCAGUCCAAAGGAAAUGUUUGGGAUGCCUAUAGCAAGGUUGGCACAAAAGUGAGUGCUGGAGGUUUUGGUUUUGUCACCAAAGCCGCUUCAGCAGAUGGCGCUCACUAUGCCAUCAAGUCGGUCCCAAAGCUUCCCGAGAGCAAGUCCAAGCGGCGACGCACUGCCGAACGACUGCAGCAGGAGGUGGCACUUAUGCGACGUGUUCAACACCCACAGCACGUUGUGAAUCUGCAUGAGACCUUUGAGGAUGAGCACUUUGUUUACUUAGUGAUGGAGCUAUGUCAGGGCGGGGAGCUAGCGGCAUUUAUCCUGGAACAGGGGAACCACACUGAAUUCCAGGUAGCACUGGUCAUGCGUCAGGUUUUUGCAGCAGUGGCAUUCUUGCAUAGCUGCAACGUUUGCCAUCGGGACCUCAAGCCUGAGAACCUUCUGUUAUUGCAUCGGUGCCGCAUCCAGGAUAAUGUGCUGAAGGUGGCGGACUUUGGCUUGGCCGCCGUUUGCACUUCUGGGCUCCAGGGCGUUGCAGGAACUUUGCCGUACAUGGCACCACAGGUGCUGACUGGUCGGUAUGACUUGGCCGUUGAUAUGUGGAGCUGUGGGGUCAUCAUGUAUUUAUUGCUUUGUGGCUACCCUCCUUUCUGGCAUGAGUUUGAUCCUCAGAAGACGGAGAUGACCAUCCGGCGUGGCAACUUCGCCUUCCCAGAGCAGGACUGGGGGAGUGUCUCCGAAGAAGCCAAAACACUGAUUCGAGGGCUGCUAAAGAUGCAGCCAACGGAGCGCUUGGCUGCAAAAGAAGCUUGCCAAAAUCCUUGGGUGAUGCGGUCCUCCAACGACGUAUCUCUGUCUCCAGCCUUGACACGGCUGCGAAAGUUCCUAAAGGCAAUGUACGCCACCCAGGUGCAGUCUGCCGAGGAUUUGUUGGGCAAUGAUUCGUCUACUUGGAGAAGCUUGUACCAAAGUGUUACAAGCUGGUUUGAGUUUAGAGCACCCAGUUUCUUUGCACCUUGUUGCAACCAGUCUGCCGGGAUCAUGGAGGAGGUGCACUUGGUGCCAUCAGACAUUCAAGCAACUGGAUUCGCGAUUGGAAUGAGGGUCUUGUACAACUCGCGGACACAUCAUCGCUGGCUGCCGACCGUGAUUGUGGAUCUGAACGACCAUGGAGAUGUGGAGCUUGAGAUCAAGCCUCGUGUUUGGAUCAGCCCCAAAGAGCAGUCGACACUGCUGCGCUCCGUGGAGUCUGUCAGGUUUUAGGUCAGAGCAGACAUUUCUUUGAAGCGUGUUUUAGUC